AUGACGGCGACGUUGCAGUCGUUGACGACGCUAGACGGAGCGGCGACGUCGUCUUCUGAAGACGUGAUGUCCUCCUGCGGGAGUCGGGACCGUAUCAAGGCUCUCAACGACCGGAAGUUCCUCUUUCUCUCCUCCGUAAGUUACAUCGGAGGAGUUCCCGCAUUGGAUGUUUAGGUGACGCGACCGGACUACCGUAGCGUGAGAGACCGCAGUAGUCCUUCGCCGGACGACCUCCGCCAAAUCGACACGGCCAGGUCGGAGCCCGCUGAGUGCGCAGCACUUUCCGCGCACAGAGAAGAUGGGUUAGCAACCUUUUUAAAAGAAAAUUCAAUUCUUUUCAAAAAUAAAAUUAAAAAUAAAGUUCAAAUAAAAUAAAUAAACGAGCAAAAAAGAAUGACGAAAAACUUUAGAUUUCCAAAAUUUUUUGAAGGCAGAAAAAAGUUUGCUUGAAGUGAAAAAUUAUUUUGGUUUCAAAGGGAACUGAGAUAAGGUGGAAAAAGUCUCAACUUUUUUGAAAUUUCGCUGAAAGAAAAUUAUUUUCAUUUUUUGAUGAAUUAUUGAGUGUGAGGUCAUGUCUUGAACAAAAGGGCACAUGCAAAUUUCGAAGUCUGGUGGCCAUUUCUGUUUCGUCGAAAAGGAAAAAGAAAUUUUAAAGAUGGCGGUAAAAGCUCGAAAAAAAGUAUCCCUCAAAUUUAUCAUUUUUUGCGAUUGGCAUUCAUAACUUUCUGCUGUGUUCUUAGGUGUCCCUUUUUUUUCCCCUUUUGAAAUAGUAUUGCUGAGAAACAAAAGUUUUUCAUUGAAUAUUCCCCUUUACUCGCUUCCAUCCGCUGAAACAUUCGGGAGAAAAAUGAGCGAAAAGCAACAGUUUCUUGUUUUGUUUUAUGGAAAAAUUUGAAAAUGAAUUUUCGUUCUUUCCUAGAAAGCUUUGAGGAUGUUCGUUAAAAAGUUGGGGAUGGUAAUUAUUGAAAUUGAUUUAAAUUUAUAGAGAUCGAGUAACUUUUCCUUCAGGAGAAUCGGUCCGAAACAUAAUUUUACAAAUUACUUCAAACUAUCAAUUUCUACUAUCGAAUUCAGGCGAAACUGCGCGAUGACGUCAUCAGAAGCGAGUUCCUUGGAUCUGGACCUGGACGAACAGCCGCGCUGCUCUUCUCUGCCCAUCUGCGUCGACUACGGAGUUGCUCCGAAAGCGCAGUUCGACGAGGACGAAGACUUCAGAGAACAGCAGGAAAACCUCGAAAAAUCUCUUCUCGAAGAUUUAACGCUGUCCUCAUCGUCGCAUAGUGAUAAUGUGAAGAACGACGACGUCCCCUCGUCUGUGGAAAACUGCGAUCCCGGCGCUCAGAUGAGAAUUUCGCAUACCGGAUCUCCAGAAGGUUUUGGAUCUUUGCCAAAAGUCGCCAGUCAACCUGAUAGCGAACCCAAAAAAGUUGAAUCGCCUGAAAAAAUUGAUGAGAAACAAGAAAAGGAAGAAACUAUCACAAUUUCCGACCUUCCAAAGAUUGUAACAGAUGAGCUGGACGAGGUGGAGAAGCGUUUUGGAUCCCCGAAAAGGGCUUUUCGAGCGAUUGUCGCCGAAGACACGCUGGGAAGCGAAGACGAGGACGAAGCCGAGGAGAAACACAAGCCGCUGCCCCAGCACAAGAGAUUCGUCGACGAGCAGCUCCAUUUGUGGCACACCGACUCGCAACCCAACAACGUCGUCCUGACGUCUUCUUCUGUCGACGUGCAUCGCGCCCACAGCGCCAACCAAAUCGACGACGCCUCCUGUAUUCCCGAUUUCCAACAACUCCAUCCUCCUGUCAAGUUUGUUUUUUUUUUUUCAUUUUCUUCUGUUUUUCUUCGAGUUUGUAUCAAAGUUCGCAACUGAACCAAAUUUUUCGUUCAGUACUUUCAAGUUGAAGAACUCUGGGAAGUAAGGGAGCGCGAGAGUUUCUUGGCAUGAGUACUUGAAACUUUGAAACUUUAUUCAGUCUUCAGAGAAGGUACUCUGCUGAAUCAUGGAAUAUUUGAAGAGUUGUUUGUCGGUUUGCGAAACUGUCGUUGAUCAAACGUAGACGGCGCGUAGAGCAUCUCGUCUUUCUUGUGAUAGUAGUAGACGAUUUUCGAGCGUUUCCGACGAUCACUGCUUCUCCAUGUAGGAACAGUACGGCGCCCAGCUUGUCCAGGGCUGACGGGCGUCGGAUUAAAUCUCAGACGAGAGCGGAAAUGAAGACCGACCACUCGGGUGGUAGAAAUGAGAUAAUAUGAGUACCCGCAGCAAAAAAAUUCUGAUUUUUUUGAGGCUUUUAUUUAUUUUUUUAGGAGAGAUUAUUCAUGUUUCAAAGGCAUAAAUGGAAUAUAAAAUAAAUGAAGCUGCAUUUGAGAUGAAAAUAAAAAGAUAUAGGGAAUUUUUUUAUUACAAGAAAGGCCCUCUCGGAGCUUUUUCCAAUCCGAGCUGUCAAGUCCCAGUUUGUCGGUUCCUUUUCUAAACUCAGGAGUUUGCGUAAGAAAAAAAAUUUUUUUUUGGCUCUGAGGCUCCUACUAAAAUAGAUUUCUUUUUAAAAAUCAAAUACUCAAAACCAGCAAUAAUGUGUAGAACGAUGGAAAGCGCCGAAUUGAAGGUUCUCGAUUGCGAGCGUCUCGAGCACGCCGGAACAUCGUCGUUCUGCCGACGACGCCGAGACGGACGACGUCCUGCAGCAGUCUCUGGUGCAGCUCGAACGGCAACUCCGCAUCUCCGACGUCCGUUGCACACGUCUCGAACGCAUCUGCCAGUUCCAGCAGGUGACAUUUCAAAUAUCUUGAAUGUAUAGUCUGUGUACCACGACUUGGAAUUUCACGGAACGACAUUCCGCGGCUUUGCGAACCUUGGUCGCGUUUUAUUUAUUUAUUUAUUUUUUUAAGGUACUCUACUUUCAUGUGCUCCCACAGCAAUAACAAUCAAUUGAAAACGUUACUUAGAUUCGAAAGACGCUUCGCGAACACACGCAGCGGAACAGCGGAAUAUCGUUCGGUGAAACUUCAAGUCAUGGCACACAGACUAUAGCAUGGGAAAUAGAGUAUUAAAUUGCGAUUGAAAGUAGCGAGGAACCUUGAUUCAUCCAUCGGAAUUCCCCUGUAAAGCGUAUAUAUCGCGAGGAAACAGUAUGUCUCUAGAAAGCACGCACAAAAAACCACCGAACUACCUAUUUGAAUAAAUCGAGAAUUUUGAUAUCAUAGUCCUUUUUCACUUUUCCAAAAACUGUUGGAAGAGGUUUUCAGCGUUUCCAUAAUUCUAUCAAAUCGUCAUUUCCAACUUCGCUAACCCCAGUCCGAGUUGUUGAGUUAAGUAUUUUACGACGCAAGCAAUUUAACUUCCUUGACCUAUAUUUUCUGGUUUCGGUUACAAGUACUUUUUUUUGCUCCAGUUGGCGUAAUUAAAAAACAAUUAACAAAUAAAUUUCUGCAGUUUUUUUUUCCGUAAAUUCAAAUCCAAUUUUCCCACACUCGGACCUGGUUGGUUUUUUUUCCAUGGUUAAUGACCCUCUCCUAUUUACUCGUCUGUUGAGUUAUGACCGAAAAUUCAAGGCCAUAUCGUUUUUUUUAUGACGGAAAGGACUCGGUUACUGUGUGAAUAGUUUUUAUGAGGUGAACCAUCAGGCGAGUCGUCGGCUUUGUGGAAAUAAAAAAAGCAGAUUUCUUUUUGAAUCUUGCUUCAAACGAAAUUAUUGUUGCAAUUAUCGAUUCAAAUUUCAAGUUUAUUCUUUUUUUCUUUAUGAGAUUAAAGACGUCCAGAGUAUGAUUAUUCAAUUCAAUGAGCGUUUUUUUUCAAAAAAUUGCUGAUAAGUUUGAUAUUAUAUAUUUUUUACACUGAAACUGAAAGAACAUAAAAUCAUUUUCCGUUAGAAUUAUGGGAUUUUUUCAUCCAGCAAGGCUAGGCUCCCAACUAUAAGUAAAAUAUUUGAAAGUGCAAAUUGGUCAAACCAAAUGCUUGCUCAACUAUUAAAAGUUCUAUCCUAGAUCUCCAGAGUAUUUCAACUCGAGUAACUGAGAAUUCUCAACUAAUAUGCCUUCACUUGUAAGUGAGAAAUCACCCCAUUUUUCUCACUAUUCCUCAAAUCGUUCCGUCGUUUUAGUACCUCAAACCUUGCUCAUUCAUAGAGGUCGAAGUGUUGUCCGUGCAAUUGAAAAGUUGUUUGAUCCAAGUAUAUACUCGAAUCGCACGCCGAACAACGUCGCUCUCGACUAAACCAACGUUAAAUUGCGCAUAUACUUGUACUCAAUAGUCGGAUGUUUUCGGGUAAAAUGGCGGCCAGCAAACAUUCUCUCGCACGUUUUGAAUGACUGCCGCGAAUCUCUCUGGAUUUCGGACCAAGAAUUAGUUCAGUGGUUUUUUUCUACUAACGUGUGAAUGUCCUACUAAAGAAAUUUAAAUAUUUUGGCCGUUCUGAUUUUCAUUAAAAAGACGAAUUUUUGAUCAGAGAUUGGAUGGAAUGAACAUGAGCUUUCCAAUGCAUUUGUCGACACUAUAAUUGCCUCGCAGCACUUCUGCUGAACAAAUUUUAGGCAAAAAUUAAUCUGAUCAUGAAGCACAUAAGAAUCUCUUUAUGAACGGUGAAUACCGUAUUUUUUUUUUCCGAGGUUAUCUUCUCGUCACAUUGGCCAACGCCACUUGGCCCGGUUUCAUUUCAUUAUUCGAUGAGCAAAAGCUCUUGAGUAUUUCUCGGUUGAAUCGGGAGCGAGGUCAAGAACUCCUGACGACCUUCUUACAGGUUCCCUCGCCUCACCUGUUCGCAGCUAAAUUAUAUAUUGAUGGUGAAAGUAGUGAACGAAGUGUAGGUUUUUAUGAAACGCUCUUCGUCGAUCACCAUCAUUUGAGACAGUUUCACACUUUUCUCAAAAAGUCUGUUCAUGAAGGAGAAAUAUUUGAUCUGAAGUUCUACUCUUAUAAAUAGUGGAAAUUUUUUGAAAUCUGAUUUCAUUUCUUCCCCUGUUCACUGUAAAAGUUUACAGCUCAAUUUUUGAUCAAAAAUGCUCACUUUGCUGAUAAUCAGAUCACGAGAAAAAAGCAUUAAGGGUUAUGCCGAAAUGUAUUAUUGAUACAUUUUUAAACCUAAAAAAAGUAAAUAGAUAAGUUUGUAUCGUUUUUUCUUUGAGCGAUCGGGUUGAUUAGUUUCGGUGUAUAAAGAUGAAGCAGCAGGGGAAGGAGGGCGGAAACAAGUUGACCGGUUUGUUGGCGCAGGCCGAGUGGGUCGUUGGACGGAAUCGGCGUGUCGAACAAGCACUCGUGGCUCUUGAUUCGCCUUAUCACGCUCAAGUGCACGGACGCAGGCGCUUUCUCACUCGAUAUCAGCCUUUGUCGCGACUUGGAAAAUCGCGCCGCGUGUUUGAUGUUCGCGUCGACACUUGUCGCCGAGGCUGAAGGAUCUUCACGAAUUCCGAUGUUUCUUUACCAAAAGCCUACACCAAAAAGCGUAGUUGAAAUAUUGAUGAAAAUAUAAAAUCUCAAUUGCGCUCAAGCUAACCAGGACGUUGACUGAGUUGGCUAUUUUUAUCGAUAAUUUCUUUUUUACAUUGGCUAUGAAUUUUGAAGUGGAAAAACGCCGCAGAAGCAUGUGAAAAAAAGUUUUGACCCGCUUUGAAAAUUUUUCCCAUCUCUGAAAAUGUUUUUAAUAAUGAAGGGCCUAUCUACCAACCACAAAUGAGCUUGACCGAUAUUUUUUUCAACUGCUAGAGUUCAUAUAGAGAUUCUCAUUUCAACUCAACUUCUUCCCCAAACCUGCUUGGCCGUUUUCGAGUAAAGCUUUGGAAUCAGGGUGAAAGAUAUUUUUAGUCAUCAUAUCGUCCUUCAGAAGUGUGAACGUGAUUCGGUCAAUGUAAAAAACAGCACUUUAUGAGAUUGAAAAAAAGUUUUUUUACAGAAAAAUUUUUUUGAUAAUCGGCUAUUUUUCAAUGGUUUUUCGGUUUAUAUCGCCAAAAAUAAUAGGAAGUUUGAUCAAUUAUAGAUUUGAGUCAAAAUAAAACUUGAGAAGUUUGAAACUGGAUGGUUUCAGAAGGAUAUUGACAGCUUGCGAUAUGAAGUCGAAUGGAAGGACGCCAGGAUCGACUACUUACAGAAGGCGCUAGCAGAAAUGGAGGCUCGCCAGAAUCCCUGA